AUCGAUCCUGCAUCGCGCGCGAUAGCGAGGAGACUCUGACUCGGACGACCACUGCUUGACUGUACUCUUGACCUCCAUCUCGUCAGCGCAAACCCAGUCUAGCGAAUAUUCCAACCACAUCACCCACCAUGUCCUUCAGCGACACCACCCAGACCACGAUCAGCCCCGUCGACCAGCAGUCCGUCUGCGUCCGCGACUAUCCCUCCCAACAGGCUGUCACCACCGCGCUCGAUGCUGCAUCUACAGCCGCUUCUCGAUGGGCGAAUGCGCCGCUCGGGCAGAAGCUCGCCGCCGUGACACGAUUUGUGGACUUGUUUGAAAAGGAAGCGGGGUUGACAGAUCCCAAUGCAGACAUCACCCAGAACCCCCUCGCCCGCGAGCUGACCGCCCAGAUGGGCCGGCCCACUAAACAGAACGCGGGCGAAUUCCGCGGUUUCGUCAGCCGCGCGCGCUGGCUCAUUUCCAGCGCGCAGGAGGCGCUCGCGGACACGAUCGUACCAGAGGAGAGCGUGAACGGAGCCACACUACAGAGGAGGAUCAAGCGCGUCCCGGUCGGGGUGGUGUUGAUUAUCGCGCCGUGGAACUACCCCUACCUCACCACCGUGAACGCGCUCGUGCCCGCGCUUCUCGCAGGCAACGCCGUCGUGCUCAAGCCCUCGCCGCAGACGCCGCUCGUGGGCGAGCGGCUGGCGGAGUACUGGGCUCAAGCCAACCCCGACCUUGCCGACAUCUUCACCGUCCUCCACCUCACGCCCAGCCUCGUCGCGAAGGCGGUGCGGCAUCCGGGGGUCGGCUACAUCUCCUUCACCGGCUCCGUCGCGGGUGGGCGCGAGGUCGCGCGCGCUGCGGCGGCGUAUGGGGAAGGUCCCAACGAAGUCGGCCUCAAAUCCGUCGGCCUCGAGCUCGGCGGGAAGGACCCAGCGUACGUGAGGGCGGAUGCCGAUCUCAGCUUUGUCGUCCCCGAACUGGUGGACGCGGCGCUGUACAACUCGGGCCAGAGCUGCUGUGCGGUGGAGCGCAUCUACGUGCACGCGUCCCUCUACGAUGCUUUCGUCGCCCAGUUUGCCGAGUUCGUGAAGAAGGAGUACAAGUUGGGCGAUCCGAAGGUUGAGGGGGUCAAUUUGGGCCCCGUCAUCAGCAACGCGGCGAAGAAGCGCAUCGAGAAGCAGGUCUCUGAUGCGGUCGCCGCCGGCGCCACCCCCCUCAUCCCCGCUGAGCUCUUCCCGGCCGCGGCGGACCCGAAGGGCGCGUACGUCGCCCCGCAGGUGCUCAUCAAUGUGACCAGCGAUAUGGAUGUGGUGAAGGAGGAGACCUUCGGCCCCAUCGUGCCGAUCCUGAAGGUCGCGGACGACGCGGAGGCGGUGAAGGCGAUGAACGAUAGUCGCUACGGCCUCACCGCAUCCAUCUGGACGAACGACACCGCCGCCUUCGACGCGCUCGAGCCGCAGGUGGAGGCGGGGACGGUGUUCCAGAACCGCGCCGAUUACCUCGACCCCGCGCUCGCCUGGGUCGGCGUGAAGGACUCGGGCCGGGGCGUGAGCUUGAGCAAGCUGGGCUUCGACCAGGUCACGCGCCCGAAGAGCGUGCACCAGAAGGUGCUCGUGGGCAAGUGAGUGUCGGGCGCGGUUGUAGUGGAGCGAUGGGUGCGGCUGUAAGGAGCGUUGAGCGCUGCUGUAGGGAAGCGACGGGUGGAGGAACGGAUGGAUGCCAUACGAGGGAUAAGACGAACGAUAUAGAUGACUUCCGUGUACUGUAUGGUGCGAGUUCGACAUGUACGACCAGUCGUUGUAUUUUGCUCGAUGUGUACCUCUAUCAACUGCUUGGCGCGAACAGCCUCGGUUUUUGUCUGAGAGGGUG